GUAAUAACAAGGUUUUGAAUGUGUAAAGAUUUAAAGAAUCAGUAUACUUAAUAUUCGUGACUGUGUGGGAGUGUAAACUUUCGCGUUUGUGUCACAAAGCGACAGUGGUAUUUUUUUUUUUCCUGAGCAGCGUUAUUAGGGACCGGCGGACACUAGGACCCGGCUGUAGGCAGAAGUUUUGCCAUUCACCGGAGGCUUCAGAAGCACCUGCAGCGCUCGAGACCUCAGAGAUUUCUCCUCGAGGACAGCGGCACAGAUGCUCAAUAUGACAGAAUGCAUCAAAAACUGCUGCAGGACAUUUAUCUCCAAGAAGAAUGAACCAGAGAUUCAGAUGAUUAAGGUUCGACCUCCUGGUAAAUUAACUGCUGAGUCUAAUGUAAAGAAAAAUGUUGGAGUAUCAGAGGAUUAUCUGCUGUCUAAACUGCCUCCGGACGGCCGGGAGGUUCCUUUCAUCAUCCCAACCUUCAAACCCUCCUACAUCCAGCCCAAAGGAUCACAGUACUCUGGCUACAACAUUGGGCAACAGAGUGCCACAAGGACCACUUAUGCAGAAAGGAAGGCAGAGCUCGCAGGAGCCGGUGAGAUGAUGUAUGACCCUGUUUUGACCUUAAACAACAGUCACAUGAUCAGCUACGUGUCACCAGGCUCACUGAGACGCCCCACACUGAAAAACAGACCCAACAACAGUCCUGGCACAGGUUUGGAACAUAGUGGAAAACAGAGACUCAGUCUCUCCAUGUAUGAUUUGUCAAGCCCUCAGAGCCACGUACAGCGUUAUGAUUCUGUAUCCAGUGUCCAGAGCAGCACAUCCUCCAUUCAGGAUUCCUUUGGGAGCAGCCGUAGUCUAGAGUCCAUAACGCUGUCGGGUGAUGAGCGGGAUUUUGAGCCGGGAAAAGUGUGUGUGCACCUGAAGUAUGAAGAGGCGGUGGAGCAGGUGUGGAUCACCUUAGUGAAGUGUAUGGAUUUGAGCGUGUUUAGCGAUGGGAUGGAGGUGCAGAAGAUUGGGGUCAAGGGGGUCAUCACCAUGACCAAGCCAGUGCGAUUUAAGAGCACCGUCAAGGAAGCAUCAGCAGACACUGUCUUCAUGGAGACAUUCGUGUUUACUCUUAACUUAGAGCAGAUACGCAGAUCUGCGCUGGUGCUGCGCCUGCAGGCUCACACACCACGUAAGCGCACGCUGGGAGAGUGUGUAUUAUCUCUGCGAAGCCUUGGACCGGAGGAAACAAAGCACUGGCUUGAGUUCAAGCCUCACUCUAAAACACAUGUGUGUCACGCUGAGCUUCAGCUGGCCUUGUGCUUCCAGCCAGUGAACAGUCGAAUGCAACUCCAGAUCCUCAGUGCUCAAAAUCUUCCAUCAUCUUCCUCACCACUCACACAGAGUUUCUUUGUGAAGGUUGAGCUGUUGAGUGAGGGUAGGGUCUUGCUGAAGAGGAAGACGAAGGCGAUGAAGUCUACAGGGGGGCAGAUUCAAUGGGCCGAAGUGCUUCACUUGCCCAUCACCAAUCAGGACCAGAAUCUGCAGCUGGCAGUCAAACUCCACAGCCGUGGUUCUGUUCGGAGAAAACACCUGCUUGGACAGGUCAUCUUGGGUUUUGACAGCAGUUCUCCUGAGGCAGUGGAACAAUGGAGGGAUUCCAUGGCUAAUCCUGAAAAAGCGGUGACAUCUUGGCACAGUCUUAGUCGACUCUGAAGUGAGAAAUGAAGAAAAGAGCUUUAUUUUAGCCGGGUGGAUUUUAAAUUGCAACAUCCAAAAAGCAAUUUUUUAUCUUUGAAUAAUUAGACAUUGUAUGGUUAUUUCAAUUAUAGUUAUUGUAGGGUAAAAAAAAAGUGCUUGUAUAAAACUCUCUGGUAGAAAUGACUCAUUUAAAGGUCUGAUUUGAUUACAGGUCAAACAACCUCUGCAGAUCCUUGUGUAGCUAGUCAUGUAUUCAGCUGUUUGUAGAUUUAAUAUUCUAUGUUCUUCAUCGGUGUAACUUUGAAAACACACAACUGUCUAAAGCAGCACAGAAACAGGAUACGUAGACAUUAUGUGCAAUAAAACGUAUUAUACAGAGCUCUGCAAAUCUCAGUAUAGCAACAUGGCCAAUUAAAGAGCAGUCAGCUAAUUACAGAAUUCAUUGAUGAAGUAUUAUGUUCAGUAUUUUUCUCUAUCAUCUCCAUACAUCAUCUCUCUCUGCAGAAACAGCCAUUUGCAUUUUCUGACCAGUUUAAUAAUGAUUGUUGCACUUCACUCGCUUUUGGAAGAAGUUAAACCUGCUCUGGUUUUGGGGUGAACAUUAUCUAAAAAGCUUUUAUUUAUAGAAGUUCGAAAGGGUUUGGGUUACAUUCCUCUCUGUGGAAUUCAAUCCUUCAAAUUGUCCCCUAUUUCCUUUCACAAGCGCAAGAAAAAGAGAAAAGCCACUAGAAAGCGCAACAAAGAGCCUUUUGUUAACACAUGUCACUUCUCUACAUCAUUUGUGCUGACCUUACUUGAGGUGACCUAUCUUUGUAGGCCUUGUCAUUUCUCGUCAAUUUCUUUUUGCACAGGUCACAGUAGCUUGUUUAAAAGUGUUCAUUGUAUUCACGUUUAAGUACAUUGUGUUAAGUAAUGCUGUAGUUCAUCGGACAUGUGAUAUUAUAUAAGGCAGAUAUUUAAAAAGCUAAUAUUUUGUUCAUGUUGACUUUAUUUUGUAUGCAUACACACAAAGAUUAUUUGAUCCCAGUCUGGCAUGUUAUAGAAAUAAAAAAAGAUAUCAUUGCUUGUAAAAGAAUGCAUUGUGUACA